AUGUUUAACAAAUUGCUUUAUAAUGGGAUGAAAGAAAGCAUUGAAACAAAAAUUUCUUUUCCAGAAAUUAAUUCUUCUUCUAUGGAAAUUAUAUUGGAAUACCUUUAUACAGGAUCAAUUAAAGAAGAAACCUUAACAAAAGAUAAUAUAAUUGAAACUUUUAAUGCUGCAGAUUAUUUUCAUUUAUUAGACCUUCGGAAAUCUGUUGAAAAUAUUUUCAUAAAUAAUUUAAAAGAGAAUUACGCAAAUAGUUGUUUACCAGAAUUAUUGUCUAAAGUUGUAAAAACAAUGUCAUUAACAGAAGAUAAUAUUUUUCUAGAUUUACUAAUAAAAGCGAUAUCGGCUAUUCCAUUAAAUACUAUCGAAUUUGAUCGAUUAUCUAUUGAAGGUCUUAAGUGUCUUUUAUCCUAUACACAUGAUAAAGAAAUUCCUUUUGUAACACCAGAAUAUGAAGUUUUUCGAUAUAGUGCAAUACUUGCAGCAAAACAA